CCGUUGCAGAUCCGUUGCAGAAACCGCAGGUACGAGGAAGAGGAAACAAGACAGUGAAAAAGAUAGUGAGAAAGAAUUCCACGAAAUAAACAAAUGGUAAAGACUAUUUUUUUUUCUCCAUUCUUCGGCCUGUUCAAGCUUUCGUAAAACCGCUGGAUGAAGGAAGAGUGAAUUUGAUGGGUAUCUUUCAUGUUGACUUGAAAAGAGAACGAUAGAAAGAGAGAGAAUUGAGAGAGACGAGAAAAGACGAAAAAGGACAAAGGGAUAGAAGGACAAAGUCGGUUUAUCUCCAUUUCUCAAACUUAAUAUUUAUUUUUCAUUUGUUGUUUUUUCCUCCAUUCAUCAACCAGAGACACAGACCAAGUACAAAAGUAAUAAUAAUAAGUAAUUAGCUGUAACAAAUAGGGAAAAAUAAAAAGAACGAAAGAUAAAAAGAGAGACAGAAGGAAAGACAAAGAUAGUGAAGUAAGCGAAAGAAAAAACAAAGAAAAGUAAAGAGAAAGACCGAUAAAAGAGGGAAAAGUCGAAUUGCAACAAAACGCAGGAGGCAACGCAACAGUUGUCAGUGAAUAGAUUUAUCAUCAACAAAACUUCCUUUCAAGUUUACUUUCGGUAAAGGAAAGGGAGAGAGUGAAAGAGAUAAGAUAAAGCGAGGAGGAAGGAACGGAAAGAAGGGAAGAAGAAAGAAUCAAGCUCAGAAGAAAGGGAGAGAGUAAAAGAGGAAGACAAUCGAGGAGGAAGGAACGGAAGAAGGGAACAAGAAAGAAUCAAGAUUAGAAGAAAGGGAGAAAACAAAACGACACCAAGAUGUAUGGGAUGUUAUUGUCGAGUAUUAUGCACUUCGGCCAGGACGAAUUCGGCGAGCUGACGUGGGAGAGGGUGAAGGAGGAAGCAGGUUGCAAGACGACCGAGUUCACCAACCAGAAAAUCUACGACGACAACCUGAUCAUACGUCUGGCAGAGGCGUGUGCGAGUAUCGUGGGCCAAGGCGAUCACCUGGAUUACCUCAGGGUCUUUGGCAGAUGGUUCGUGAGGUUCUGCAGCGACCGGAACUACGACAAAAUGCUUAGGAUAACCGGGAGGCACUUCUGCCAGUUCCUCACCGAGAUGGACAACCUACACUCGCAGAUGAAGUAUGGCUUUCCGAAGAUGAAGUCCCCCUCGAUGGUCGUCACCGAGUAUGACUCAGGCGGUGCUGUCCUCCUCUACCGCUCCGUUCGAAAGGGUUACUCACAUUACCUCAUGGGUGAGCUAGACUUUCGCAACGACGGUUUCAUGCAAGAUAUGUUGCAACGGAGGGCGGGUUUCAACAGGACUUCUCUGCCAAGCUUCACUCUCGGGAAAUUGUUCCGCCUCUUCCCCUUCGGCAUCGUGCUUGGUCCGGAGCUCAAGAUUCGUCUCGCCGGGGAAAGAAUUCUUCAGAUGCUGGGGAAGGAGAUGCUCGAAUCCGAUUUCCUCGAUCACUUCACCAUCCAGAGGCCUCACGUCAAGCUCUCGUGGGAAUCGAUGAUGAUGUUCCAGAGCGUCACGUGGGAAGUGGAGUCCAAGAAAUUACCGAAGAUCAACACCACUAACGUCAUGAUGCCCGACGGAAGUUAUAAAUCUAACACACUCUCUUGCGUCAACGAUAUGCCAACCCGCCGAGGCUCCAGCCAGGCUCCUUGGACAGGCGAGAGGUCGUCCUUGGAAUCUUCCCGUGGGCUCCUCCUCAAGGGCCAGAUGUACAUCCUCAAGGACUGCAACAUCGCCCUCUUCCUCUGCAUUCCGCUUCUGAACAACCUGGUGGAGAUGCGAGAAACAGGUCUCUUCCUUAACGACCUGAGUAUGCACGACCUGAGCAGGGAAAUGGUGCUCUCUGGAUGGCAUCACUGUUCCAGACUCCAGAUCAUGUACAACCGCGCCGAGGAGGACUCCAACAAACUCGAGGACGCCUACAUGAAGGUCGAGGAAGCCAAGACUCGAGCUGAUGAUCUUCUGUAUUCCAUGUUGCCUCGUCAGGUUGCUGAUAUCCUACGUCAAGGGAAAAAUCCGCUGGAGACUUGUCAGGCCUUUGAGGAAGUGUCCGUCCUGUUCGCCGAAGUGUCUCUGAUGGAGGACCAGGACCUCACCCACACCGUCAACAAAGUCUACCAGACGAUUGAUAACAUAACUGACCAGUAUUCCGUCUUCAAGGUGGAGACAGUCCUGGGCGUGUACAUGGUGGUGGGCGGGGCACCGGAGUACCAGCCCGACCACUGUGCCCAGCUGGCGUCCCUCGCGCUUCACAUGAUCAGGCAGAGUGAAGAAUGCAAGACACAUAACCUGCGAAUUGGUAUCCACGUGGGCCCAGUGGUGGCGGGCGUCGUGGGCAUGAAACUACCGAGGUACUGCCUUUUCGGAGACACCGUGAACACUGCCUCGAGAAUGCAGACGAACAGCCAGGUCGGCAAGAUCCACAUCAGCGAGAUCUGCGCCAAGCACCUCGAGAGAUUCAACUUCGUCACAACAUUCCGAGGAAAGUUACAGAUUAAGGGCAAGGGCGAGAUGAACACGUACUGGCUGGAGGGGAGGAAGGAGAGUGCCAAGUCGUCGUGGAAGUGAUGGAGGAAGAGCCUUACCCGGUGCCUCAUCCCCGAGGGCGUCCCGGAGAGGUAUUCCCCUUCAGCGGGCGGCGACGGAGAGGCAGCGGCGGGGGCGGGGUUUUGUCGCCCGUAGAGAUUUCGGGUUGUUUGUGGAAAGGACGAUUUUUUUUUUUUUUUUUUUUUAUUCGUGACUAUCUUUCUUUUUUUGUUGUUGUUGUUUUUAGGAAUUCAAAAUGGUGUGUGUUUGUGUAUAUUUUUUCUUUAAAUUUAUAUUUAUGUAUAUCUUUUUUUUACGAAAGCUAAAUGAAUUGUUUUCUUCAUGUUAAACUUGUUGGGAAACGAGGAUGUAGAAAAAAGAUGUCCCACAAGUUCCGCUGUAAAGGAGAAAAUGUGUGUACCUUUUUCUCUCUUCCUCGGUGAAGAACAUGAACAUUCCAGUACCUGCGGAAAAUAAUCAAGAGGUACGACACGAGUAAUAGAAUAUGUAAGGCAAAAGUAAGCUUUAUAGACGUCCUGUCCUUAGUGCAAAUCCUUGUCUUGAUCGAGGGCCUUUGUUUGAAAAAAGAAAACUAAAGAGAGAUACUGCAUUUCAAUCAACAAGUUCUUCACACAAGCUUAGCGAAGGACCCGGCAGAAACGGCAGCUUUCGAAGUGCAUUAGGGUUCAGGAAAUGACUGUUCUGUGUCUUUGUGGAGAACCAAAUGUAUCGUUAGACUCGUGCAGUAUUUAUGGUAUUGUGUGAACGUCUGUGUUGUCGAGGCGAGAAACUGCUAGACUGUUAUUUGAUAGCUUAAAACAUAUCUGCCUUAAAUGUCUUUUUUGUGGGCACCAUAAUUACACUGUAUUUUAGUAAGUCCAUGCUAUUGUUAUUAUUUUUAUUUGUAUAGAUUCGAUCAUUUAAUAGAGAACAGGUUAUUAUAAUACAUUACAAAUUUAUUGGAAAACCAUUGCAGAAAGAAGGUGCUCAGUUAUUUAACAAGAGAUUUCCGUAGACCUAUCACAAUAAUGAAAGGAGGAUAAUAUAUAGAUUUAUAUAUACAUAUAUAUUUUCCUAUAGCGGAUGACUAGAGAAGAUAGAACUAUUUUUUAUUGAAUGGUAGUUCAGUGUUUAAUGUGGAUGUGAAAUAGAAUUGUAUUAGUUUCAGAGUGACAAGAUAUUUAAUUAAAUGCAUUUAGACACAUUCAUAAAGUAAGAGUUUGCCAAGGUGUGUCGUAAAUAGAUGAAGUAUUUAAUAACUUCAUUACGUGCUUUGUUUGUGUAGCUAGAGGUGAAGUAAUGCUGAGUGAUGAGAUAUUUAUCAAUGGAAUAAAGC